UGAGAGGAUGGGACGAGCAAAUUGCACCAAAAUCUCUAACGUUAGUGUGCCCCGCAACACCGACGAGAACAUUAACUAACUAGGCACCUUCACAUAAAGCAUAACUUUUUAAGGUAAUUUUACCCUGCACGUGAUAAUGCUCUGUGUACAGUUCCUGGGGCUGCUGACAGUGACCUCUAUGGUCCGAGCUUUGGCCCUGCCCGUCAACUCCCACCUAACAGAGACAGAUAAGGGGAGGAGGAAGGUGGUGCACGUGUUGGAGGACGAGAGCGGGGCCGUGAUCGUUCAGACAGCUCCGGGGAAGGUGGUCACCCACCGCGGUGGAUCCAUCACCCUGCCCUGCCGCUACCACCACGAGCCCGAGAGCACCGACCCCGCCCGGAUCCGCAUCAAGUGGACCAAGGUGACGGAUGCCCUGCAGUUUGAAGAUGUGUUCGUGGCUCUCGGGCGGCAGCAGCGGGUGUUCGGAGCAUACCGUGGGCGGGUGGCCCUGGAGGAAGCUGGCCCGGGUGACGCCUCGAUCAUCAUUCACAAUGUCACGCUGCAGGACUAUGGCCGCUAUGAAUGCGAGGUCACCAACGACAUGGAGGAUGACACGGGAUUCGUCAACCUUGAUCUUGAAGGUGUGGUGUUUCCCUAUCACCCUCGCCUUGGGCGCUACAAGUUGAACUACCACGAGGCCCAGGAGGUGUGCCAGCAACAAGAUGCCAUCCUGGCCUCCCACGGGCAGCUGCACAAGGCCUGGCUGGAGGGCCUGGACUGGUGCAAUGCUGGCUGGCUGGAGGAUGGCUCAGUGCAGUACCCCAUUGCACACCCCCGGGAUCAGUGCGGUCGCAAGGACACCCCCGCCGGCGUCCGCAACUAUGGCUACCGGCACAAGCAGGACGAGCGCUACGAUGCCUUCUGCUUCACCUCCAAUCUCAACGGCCAGGUGUACUUCCUCAAGCGCUUCAAGAAGGUGAACUAUGCCGAGGCGGUGAAGGCGUGUCUGCGCGACGGCUCCAUGGUGGCCAAGGUAGGCCAGCUGUACGCCGCCUGGAAGAUCCAGCUUCUGGACCGAUGCGAGGCCGGCUGGCUGGAGGACGGCAGCAUCCGCUACCCCAUCGUCAACCCGCGGGCCCGCUGUGGGGGGCCCGAGCCGGGGGUCCGGAACCUAGGCUUUCCUGACAAAAAGUUCCGUCUGUACGGGGUCUACUGCUUCCGUAAGAACAAAGAAAGUUCUGAUGUGCAACGCCCAACCCCGCGCUCGGAGAAGGUCGUUAACCUCAAGGCGGCUAAUGGGACCAGGAGCGUCUAAAGCGAGCGGGAGGUAAUUCAGGGGAACACUACCACACUGCUCCGGCAGUCCCGCAGCUUAAUGGCUUGUCCAAAAAUGACUGACAAGAUGAGCUAAUUUUCAGAUUUGUAAGUAGUGAAAGUAGGGCAAUGUGAAAUCAGCGUGGAAUUUUAUCUACAUGAUUUCCCUUUCCCUUUUUUAAAUGAGAUGUCAGUCAUCUUUGGUGCAAGCGUGCCAGUUACCCUCUACAAGAGCCUAAAUUACAGCUCCGCAUCGGCCAGGCACAUCAGAUUAGAAAGCCUUUCAUUAGGUUCAUUGUUUGCCAUUGAGUCAGCUUCAUGGAGGCAGACACGGCUUCAAGUUUUGCUUUUCAUUCGGUCUCUCCCCCCAAAAAAGAGCACAGGAGACGUGGAGUGCCGUCUGUGAAACAUUAAUUAGCGUGAAGACAGAGAGAUAAUUUUGCACGUCUCCUAAUGAAUGCAGCACAUUAGGCAUGGCUCUCUCAGGCCUGAUUAUGAAAGAGUGAUGAGCUGCGGAACACAACUAAUUCCUAUCUGCAUCUCUGCCAUGUGUCAGCCUCAGCUCUGUUUAUUGGGUUCUUGCGCAUUCUUAGUCUCUGAAGAUUUCAGUCACUCGCCAUGUUUGGACAGAAUAGCCUGCAGAUCUUUCAAAGAAAGCAACAAGCCUUUUUUUUAAUCGUCAGCCAGGCGGCUUUUUCUCCUCUGCGCACAGUAGGCUGCAUUUGGAUAUGUUUUAUGAAAAGGAUUUGCAUUCUGACAAUAAGUAUAAUACUAAUAAUCACAUGGUAAGCAUGUUCUGAAUUGAGCUAGCUUUAGCAAUUUAGGCUUAACUGAGUAAGAGCAACCAAAGUUUAUAUAAAGCUGCAAACUUCAUUAUCUGCCUUGUAUACUGAAUGCCAGUAGUGGCUUAUCAGCAAUAGCAAUGCACAGGUAUAAUAUAGAACAAAAUGCCUGUAUUGUACAUUGUCUUGAGGGUCAAAUUGGGUGCUUUGACACCUAUUACAAUGGUUUGGCUCCAUGUG